AUGUCGUUGUCCCAGUCCAAGCCUCUCUCCGGCAAGGUAGCCAUCGUAACCGGUUCCAGCCGCGGCAUCGGCGCCGCCAUCCUCCUCAAACUCGCGUCCUGCGGCGCCGACGUCGUCGUCAACUACGUGGCGUCCAAAGCGGGGGCCGAGGCCGUGGCCGCCAAAGCGCGCGACGAGCUGGGCGUGCGGGCCGUGUGCAUCCAGGCCGACGUCAGCAAGCGGGCCGACAUCGCGCGGCUCUUCGCCGAGGCGAAGCGCGAGCUCGGCCGCGUCGACGUCGUCAUGAGCAACUCGGGCAUCGAGCACUUUGGCGACUUGGAGGCGGUUAAAGAGGAAGAGAUCGACAAGGUGCUCGCGGUCAAUGUGAAGGCGCAGUUUUUUGUGGCGCAGGAGGCGCAUAAGUGUUUGGAGGAGGGGGGGAGGUUGAUUCUUAUUUCGUCGAUUUCGGCGGUUUGGGGCGUACCCCGGCACGCGCUGUACUCGGCGUCCAAGGCGGCCAUCACGGGCAUGGUCAAGUGCCUGGCGUUCGACUUCGGGGCGCGCAACAUCACGGUCAACUGCAUCGCGCCGGGCGGCAUCAAGUCGGACAUGUACACGGAGGCGGCGGCCGACUACCUCCCCGGCGGCGACAAGAUGACGGUCGAGGAAAUCGACGAGCGGGUGGGCAUGAUGAGCCCGAUGAAGCGGCCCGGCUUCCCCGACGACAUCGCCGGCGUUGUGGCCUUGCUGGCGCUGCCCGAGUCGCAGUGGCUCACCGGCCAGACGUUCCACGUGGGCGGGGGUGCGCACAUGGCGACUGCUUAG